CGGGCCGCCGUCACAAGGCCGACUGUGUGCGUGCGUUCGUGUGUCGCAGCCCCUGCGCUCCGUCACCGCCAGCAAGUGUCUGUUUCCGCAAUUCAACGCGCUUACACGAGGCUCGAAUUGGUGGCCACCUUUUUUUCUCAGGACGCUCGCGUUCUGUCUUAAAAUAGACGGCAGUACUUUCUCUCCUUGCCCUGUUGUCAACACAAGUCAAGCACACUGUAGUCAACGAGCGCAGUGUCAAAUGUGCAGGGUUUAAUCUCGGUUGAAAGUCAUUCUUGGAUUGUGCCGGAGGAUCAGUAGUGAAUAGAUCACCGGUACUCGAGUAAGGAUGCUGUCGGUGGUUCAGCAACACUGAACUUGAACUAAGCCAUCCUGUUGUGGUAGACACCUUUUCGGCGACUAGCGGUGAGAGGAAGGAUCGUGCGUGCAAGACCCGUGGCGACUGCUGCUUCGCCUUGUGGUGCAUACUAGACCCGCCUAAAGGAAUUUCAAGUGUGCGCUGGACAAAAGAGAGGGGUAGGGGGGACUGGACGCGGUCGUAAGGUUAACCCGACAUGCAGAGCGCGAGGAGGACUUGAGAGCAUGAGGUUAAAAGUUGGCAGUUACUAUUCGUGUGAGCAAGAGGGGCAAGGGUUUUAUGCUUGCCUGGCCUGACAGCUCGCUUGAUACGACUGUGAAAGUAGGCGAGCUUUGUCGAGUGCGCUUUGGAAAAUUUCACGUGAAGUGUAGCGAGGAAGAUUUCAGCGGAUUCCACAGGCAGUGAGGCACACGCUCAACAGUGCAGCGAUUCGUUGGAUGUGAUUUUUGCGCAACCUCCGCCAACCCCCAUCCCCUCAGCGUCACUCUGCUAGACGCACUUUCUCGAUAGAGGAGACAGCUGAGAGGCAGUGUACCUGCAGCAGUGGUAGCCAGUCGCCUGCCGUUCACAUCAUGGCGGCGAGGACGGUGCGAGUGGUUGGGUUAUGAAAGUUUAUACAGGCGGUGGAUUGUACAGUGGAUAUGACAGGCGGACAUACACUUAGUGCAGCGAACUUGGCAUGGCUUAUGUGCCUGUUGGUGUGGGCUAGUUGCUGUUUCAGAGGUCGCAACUGUGAGGUUGAUAUAGAUGACUGCUCAGACAACAAAUGCCACAAUGGGUCAAAAUGUAUUGACCUUGUAAAUGGAUACAGAUGUGAAUGUCCUCCAACUUACAAAGGGCAGUAUUGUAAUGAAGACGUUGAUGAGUGUGGUAAUGUGACUGGGACACCAUGUCAGAAUGGAGGAACUUGCCUCAACUACCCUGGAGGCUACCAGUGCAUCUGUGUGAAUGGCUGGACCGGGAAGAACUGCACCAUUAACGAGGAUGAUUGUGCCAAACAGCCUUGCUACAAUGGUGGCACAUGUCUUGAUCGCGUGGGAUACUUUACAUGCGAAUGCCCUCGAGGCAAGACAGGACUGCGCUGUCAUUUGGAAGAUGCCUGUGAAAGCAAUCCAUGCUAUGCUUCUGCAAGCUGUGAGACCUCACCUAUUAAUGGUGAUCCUAUCUGCACAUGUCAGAAAGGGUAUCGUGGGGCAGAUUGUUCUAUUGACAUCGAUGAGUGCCAAGAAAGUACAACAACAGUAGUGUGUGAGCAUGGAGGUACUUGUCAGAACAUCCCAGGAACUUACCAAUGCAAUUGUCCAGUGGGUUUCACAGGGCGCCGGUGUGAGAAAAAUAUAAAUGAAUGCCAAUCUGAACCAUGUCAGAAUGAUGGUACCUGUCUUGAUGAACGCGGUGCAUACAGAUGUAUUUGUAUGCCAGGAUAUACUGGAAUCAACUGUGAGACAGAAAUAGAUGAAUGUGCAAGCAAACCCUGUGCAAAUGGUGGCGUGUGCGUUGAUGAAGUCAACAGGUUCCGCUGCAGAUGCCCUCCUGGGUUUGAAGGAUCUACCUGUGCCACUGAUAUCAAUGAGUGUGAAAGUAAGCCUUGUUUAAAUGGUGGGUCAUGCCGUGACCUUAUUAAUGGGUACACCUGUGCUUGCAGACAAGGAUUCAGUGGUCAGAACUGCGAAGAAAACAUAGAUGAAUGUCGAGAAAUUAACUGUGGCCAUGGAACUUGCAUUGAUGGCCUAGGCUCUUACCGCUGUGAGUGUCUUCCAGGUUACACUGGCCCAAACUGCAACCAAGACAUUGACGAAUGUAAAUCAGAACCCUGCCUAAAUAGUGGAUCAUGCUUUAAUCUGAAGAGCGGUGAAGGCUAUGAAUGUCGCUGUCUAGAUGGCACUAGAGGUCGGAAUUGUGAGAUAGAAGACAACGAAUGUGCUAGCAAUCCUUGUCGAAAUGGUGCCACCUGUCGUAAUGGCAUCAACAGAUACACAUGUGAUUGCAAGCAAGGUUUCACAGGAGUCAAUUGUGAGUCGGACAUAGAUGAAUGUGCAUCUAAUCCUUGCCACAAUAAUGGCACUUGUACUGAUCUGGUCAACGGCUUUAAGUGUUAUUGCCCUCCGGGAUAUUUUGAUGCCACAUGCCAGUCAGACAAAAAUGAGUGUGCAUCAAACCCCUGUGUCAAUGGUGGCACUUGCCGGGAUAUACUCAACAAGUUUGAGUGUAUUUGUCCUCCUGGAUAUGGCGGCUUCCGCUGUGAGCAAGACAUUGACGAGUGCAUGUCAAACCCAUGUCAACACGGCGCUGCUUGUUACAAUCGUCUUAAUGCUUUUGUGUGCCAGUGUGCCUUGGGUUAUACAGGUGAAUUGUGUCAAACUAACAUCAACGAGUGUGCCAGCAAUCCUUGUGUAAAUGGAGACUGUAUUGACCAGGUUGGCGACUACAGUUGUCAUUGCCGAUUACCUUACACUGGCAAAAACUGUGAAACAGAAAUGAACCCAUGCAAACCAAACCUAUGUCAGAACAAUGCGCAGUGUGUUCCGAGUCAGAACUACCAAAGCUUUGAAUGUUCUUGUCCUUCAGGCUUUGCAGGUACCCUGUGUGAUGAUGAUAUCAAUGAAUGUGCUCAAAGUUCCCCAUGCAGGAAUGGUGGAACCUGCCGAAACACCCGUGGCUCCUACAUAUGUGACUGUCCCAAUGGAUACGAGGGGCGUCAGUGUGAGAUCAAUCAUGAUGAUUGUGAUCCCAAUCCAUGCCUAAAUGGUGGGACAUGCCUGGACCUUAUUGGAAACUACCAGUGUCAAUGUGUUAGUGGCUUUGGGGGACAGCAUUGUCAAACUGACAUUGACGAGUGUGCAUCUAACCCCUGUCAGAAUGGUGGAACUUGUCAGGAUUAUGUCAACUCCUUCACCUGCUCUUGCCGCCCUGGUUUCAGUGGAACCCACUGCCAGGAUAACAAUGAGGACUGUACUUCCAGUUCCUGCCUCUAUGGUGGAACCUGUAUUGAUGGUGUAAACCAGUACAGCUGUGUAUGUGCACCAGGCUACACUGGUUCUAAUUGUCAGCAUCACAUAAAUCCAUGUGAAUCAAAUCCUUGUAUCAAUGGUGCCACCUGCUUCAACAGAGAGACUGGCUAUGAUUGCUACUGCCCUUACGGGUUUACAGGUCCACGAUGUGAGGGUUUUAUAGACUGGUGCAGUCAACGUUUGUGCCAGAAUGGUGCUCAGUGUGAGCAGGUUGCCAAUGACUAUCGGUGUUACUGCACGUCUGGUUACACAGGUGUUCGAUGUGAUGUGCCAUCAAAGUCAUGUGCCAAUGCAGCUGAAUCAAAAGGUGUUCCUGAAAAUAAACUGUGCCAGAAUGGAGGGACUUGUCAGAACAAAGGAAACACACAUGUGUGCAGUUGUCAAAAUGGGUUUGAAGGCUCAUAUUGUGAGAAUGAAACCAACGAAUGUCUCUCAGCUCCAUGUCAGAAUGGGGCUACCUGUAAGGAUCAGGUGGGCAGAUACACCUGCCAGUGCGCACCAGGUUUCCAGGGUCAGAACUGUGAGUUUAACAUCAACGAGUGUGCCAACCAGCCCUGUGCCAAUGGUGGUACCUGUCAUGACCUGACCAACAACUUCGUUUGCUCCUGCCCUCCUGGUGCACUAGGAUUACUGUGUGAGAUUAAUGAAAAUGAUUGUGACUUCAAUUCUGUCUGCCACAAUGGAGGCACAUGUGUGGACAGGGUUGGAGGGUACGAGUGUAUUUGUCCAUCAGGCUUUGUUGGUCCCCACUGUGAAGGGGAUGUCAAUGAGUGUCUUUCCAACCCAUGCUCUCCCUUGGGUAUGCAGGCCUGCGUACAGCUUGUUAAUGCCUUUCGUUGUGACUGCAAAGCAGGUUGGACAGGAGCAAGGUGUGAGACACGCCUUCAAUGUGACCAGCAACCUUGUCGUCAUCAGGGCACCUGUACGGAUUCUGACCAAGGUCCUGUGUGUCACUGUCCCCAGGGUUACUCUGGCAGCUACUGUGAAUUCACAUCAUCUGCAUGUGAAAGUGGACCUUGCCUACAUGGAGGCACAUGCCAGCCACAACAAGAUGGCUACCUCUGCGUGUGUCCUGCUGGAGCAUCGGGGGAACAGUGUGAGGAGGACAUUACAAAUGAGUGCCAGUCAUCCCCCUGUACCAACAAUGGCCAGUGCUUGGAUAGAAUUGGUUACUAUGAGUGCAACUGUCCUUUACAUUGGACUGGUGUGCACUGCCAGGUGUAUGAUGAGAACUUCAAAGGUGGCAUUGGGCGACCUGUCACCUCACCAACUGCAGCACCCUCAAAUCUCUGCAGUCUGCACAACUGUUCUUCUAAGACUGGCAAUGGAAGAUGUGAUACGGACUGCAACAUCCCAGCAUGUGGCUUUGAUGGGCUAGAGUGCACAUUCGGAAUGCAGCCAUGGCAGAACUGCACGCAGCAAGUUCAGGAAAUUUCAUGCUGGCAGCUCUUCAAGAAUGGAAUUUGUGAGGCUCAGUGCAACACUCAGCAGUGUCUCUAUGAUGGUUUCGAUUGCCUGCAACCAGUGGGUGAUUGCAACCCAGUCUCUGACUUGUACUGUCGGAAGAUGUACCAUAAUGGUGUGUGUAACCCGGAGUGCAACACUCGCUCUUGUGACUGGGAUGGGCUUGACUGUGAUGACACACCUGAACAGCUUGUGCCAGGGAAACUUUACAUUAUUGUUCUCCUGACAAUGGAUAAUUUUCUGACUGUCAAGGUGACAUUUAUGCGCGAACUGAGCCAUCUUCUGCGGGCAAAUGUGCGUGUCAAACGGGAUAGCAAAAAUCAGGAAAUGAUCUACCCUUGGAAUGGAGCCAGUUCAGGAUCGGCUGUCAUGGACGAAAGUCUUUAUCGUUCUCGGCGACAAGUGCUUUCUAUUUUUCGAGACCGAAGUCCUCGUUCAGUCACCGAGGCAACCUUGCAAAUCAGCGGAACUCAAGUUUUUCUUGAAAUCGACAACAGAGGUUGUCGCAAAAGUUUUGAUUUGUGCUUUGACACAACUGAACGGAUUGCUGAGUUCCUGGCAGCUGCUUUGAGGGAGGGUGGAACAGAGUUCUCUGCGCCUGUGUACAAAGUUGGAACGGACACUGUUCCAAUCACUGAUCCUCCGUCGUCAAAUGUACCCGUGGUAUGGGUAGUAGCUGCUUGUGGCAUUUUAGUGGUUAUCACCAUCGUUGUCAUAGUUGUUGUUUCCCGUAAACGUGUCCGAGGCUUUACAUGGUUCCCAGAAGGCUUUUUUCAUCACCAAGAAUCUUCGAAACCAGUCAGUCGCCGUGGCCCUGAUGGAGAAGAAAUGAACCACAUCCAAAAAGGUUCCAUGGAUGAUAAUGAUAAUCAUACCUCACCACCUCCUAGCAAUGAGAACUGUGGCGAGGAGGAUGAAGAGGAUCAUCCACUUCCAAAAAGAGCCAAGGUGACAAAGGAAGGUGAGGGGUGCGAAAGCACGCACAUGGACCAACGCCAGUGGACACCACAGCAUCUGCAGGCAGCUAACAUGGCACACCCUUCCUUGUUGGCCUUGACCCCUCCACAGGGAGAAGAGCUUAGUGGGGUGAAAGAUGUUGAUGUUAGAGGACCAGAUGGCUUAACUCCUCUCAUGCUGGCUUCUUUCCGUGGAGGAGGCCUGGAGCUUGGCUGUGAAGAUGAGAGUGGGUCAGCAUCUGGGUCUGGAGAAGGAGGUGACAGUGACAACACUUCCGUUGAUGUCAUAACCAGUCUCCUCAUGCAGGGGGCUGCAAUCAACGCACAAACAGAUCGGACGGGUGAAACCUCGCUGCACCUGGCAGCCAGAUAUGCUCGGGCAGAUGCAGCUAAAGUAUUGCUGGAUGCAGGUGCUGACCCAAAUACCCAAGACAGCACUGGCCGUACACCGCUGCAUACAGCAGUAGCAGCUGAUGCACAGGGUGUUUUCCAGAUCUUGCUUCGCAAUCGUUCCACAAAUCUAAAUGCUCGCAUGUUUUGUGGGACCACACCCCUUAUCCUUGCUGCUCGUCUUGCUAUUGAGGGGAUGGUAGAAGAUCUCAUCAAUGCAGAAGCAGAUAUAGAGGCUACAGAUAACAAAGGUCGAACAGCACUUCAUUGGGCGGCAGCUGUCAACAAUGCUGAUGCCGUUCUGACGCUGUUAAAACACAAUGCCAAUCGUGAUGCCCAGGAUAAUAAGGAUGAAACUCCAUUGUUUUUGGGCAGUAAGGAGGGUAGCUAUAAUGUGUGCCAGAUAUUGCUAGACCACUACGCAAACAGGAAUAUCACUGAUCACAUGGAUCGUCUUCCAAGGGAUGUUGCACUUGAACGGCGACAUCAUGACAUCGUGCAACUUCUCGAUCAAUAUAAAAUGAAUUCCCCUACUCCUCUAUGCCUGGGCCCUACUCAUGGUACUUCCCCUGCGCCUCUUGCCUUUGUGCAGCAAGGCAAGCAGCCAAAACAGACCAAGCGCCGCACCACCAAGCAGGCUUCCAAAGCCAGUGUGGUCUCCCCCACUCACACCAAGGCUCCGCCCGCUAAUGUCAGCAGAAGCAAGCCUCGUAAAAAGCGAGCCACGCAAGUUCCCACAGGCACUGCAAUGCAGUCGCACAGUGAACCUUCAUCCGUGGGCACAAUUUCACCAGGGUACUCUGUGGACUCGCAUUCUCCACCCUGCUAUGACAUUACACCUCCUCCUCGUUAUGAAAAUGCUGCCUUGGUCUCUUUGCACCAACAGCAGCAGCAGCAACAACAGCAGCAACAAGGUGGGCGAAGUGGGCUGGAAGAUGUGACGAGUGUGCCGCAGCCAGUGCUGGAUGACUAUAGAGUGAUGAACGCUCAUUACAGCAACCCUAUGGAUCAUUUUCUUGACUGGCCUCUGCACCCACAGCAGCAACUUCCCCCACCUGUGCUUCCAAAGCCUAAAGCAGCCCCCAGCCCUCCAAACCAUGCAGUCCCCUCUCCCAUCAAAGCAGCCAAGACCCUGCCUACCUCCCCAACCCACAUUCAGGCAAUGCAAAGGGCAGCUCAGCAGCAACAGCAUUCACAAUUGCCUGACUACUUGUUUCAUGCACCAAGCUCUGCUACCGGUGGCUGUGACUCCCAUACCAUUCCUGUCUUCUCCCCUGCGCUCACCACCAAGAUAAUGCAACAGCAACUUCUGCAGCAACAGCACCACCAGCAGCAGCAACAGUCAGUUUUGCCCCUUCAGACCUUCACACCUGACCAGUACCCAACUCCGCCAUCACAGCACAGUCAUCAAAGCGAUUCUCCACCACAGCACAUACCUACUGUUGUGCCUGACCACCACUACCUGACUCCUUCCCCAGACUCUCCAGGACAGUGGUCCAGCUGUUCACCGCACUCAGCUCAGUCAGACUGGUCUGAGGGCAUAUCCAGCCCAGUUCCACUCAUUUCACAGGUUUCUGGUCAGACAAAGCGUGUGACAGACCCUGUGUACUUGUGAUGUGUGCAUCUCCAUGCCUUAUCAUUGUUGCUGCUGCUGCCUUCUUGUUUUAUGCAACUUAUGCUUGUGAAUGCUUGCAUUUCUGAACAUUAUGUUUGUAAAGUGAUGGAGAAAAAUGCUGUGACAUCUUUACAAAAAUAUAGUCUGUGUAAAGAUUUUUAGAAACCUUAUCAUCUACUGCAGAAUUGAUUCAUCAUUGUUUAUUGCGGUGACUCAAAAAGCACUGUUCUUUGCACAAGAUUUCUGUGUGGUUUUCUUGUCAGCAUGAAGAAUACAGCUGAAAAUUUAUAAGAAUUGUGCAUUUUCUGUGGCUACCAUUUUUUGUUGUUGUUGCUCUUCCUGACAGCUUUUGUGUAGUAGCUGGGAAGCUGUGGCAUGCUUUGUGGAAGAAGGCAGCCUUUUAUUUCCCAUGUACAAACAUUAUUCCUAUGGACUUUAUUAUUACACAGGGUCAAAAAGGUGGUCUAGCUAAUCAUCAAAGGCAGUUAAGCCAGGUUGAGGUAAUGCUCUCAUUUUGGGAUGUGCAAGACCUGCUGUCUGCUCAUGACCUAGCAUGAAAAUAAUUGGAGUUACAGGACAGUUUAAUACUGGCUGCUGAUGAUGGACAGCUGUUUUGUGUUAAGAGAACAAACACAUUUAAGUGACCUGGAAUGAAGUGGAUUCUUGUGACCCAGAAAUGUUACAUGUUUCAAUGUGCACGAUGAGGUUGAGCUUUUGGGUGUUGCUGCAUGCAAAGCCUGUACAAACAGGUGUGUUUCUUUGUCUUGAGAGUGAAAACUAACACAGAUCAAUAUUGGCACUCUCUAGGUGCACUUCUUUCAGGGUUAGGUUAAAUUUGUAUUUAAUGCCCUUUAACAGAUUUUUUUUAAUGAAAGAAUUACAAGAAAUCUGGCAGAUUAGUAAUAUUUUGAAUGCUUUAGACAAGAAGACAACAGUUAACUUUUUUUGUAAGUUUUUUUCUUUUCUGUGUUCUUGACUUCCACUUGCAUUUUACUUAUUUUACUUGCACAGACAGACAGGACUUAUAAUAAAGAAAAUUUCUUCUAUAUAUAUAAAAGAUGAAAUCAAAUUUUUUGCAUUCAAACUUAACAAAAUUCAAACCUUCCAAAGUAUAAUCACUUCCAAAAACUUCGGUUUCUGACAUCCAUGCAAUGCUUUUCAGGACUAUCUCAAAAUCAUAAGAGCACACAUGAAAAUUACCAACUGUGGGAACAUUAGAAAGUCUGUCUUACUGAGCAUGAUAUUUUAUUUUUGUCAGUAAAAUGCAAACUAAAUUCAUCUUAUGUAUUCUCUCUGUAACAAAUGUCUGAUCCUUUUGAUAUUUUUUUUAAUUUUUGACACCAAUGUUGGUCUCGAUAUCUUUUGAUUUUCUUUAUUCCCACAUCAGAUCUAGUCUUUGCUCAGUUUAAAAGGAAUUUUAUCUACAAGAUUAGUUCAUUUUCUUCUAGUCUUUGCAAGAAAAUGUUCAACCAGAUUUCUUUCAGUUAUUUUUGCAAAGAAAUGUUUUUCUGCUAGCGCCUUGAAUACACGAAGAAAGUAUUGGUGUAAUAUCCAGAAAACGGCAGUUUGCUUUAGUGCACUGUGUGAGAAUGGAAAGGUGUCAGUUGCUGUCUACACUUGCUUGAAAACCUUAUUGUAGGAUGUAUCAAGCUGUAACAUUGGUGCCUUACUGUUCUGUGACUGAUCCAUACAGGUGGAGAGAAGAAAAGUAGUCACAAAUGGACAAUUUAUUACCAGUAUAUUUUGAUGAUCAGUUUCAUACAAUUGUAUUUUGCGCAGAUCUCUUUGUAGAUGUCUCAGUGAGUUAUUGUCACAUUAUGUCUGUACAUGUGUUGUGGCUGUGCUGCUGAUACAUGUAUCACUUUGUGAUUCUUUGCCACUGACUAGAAUAUUGGCCAUUUUGUGGGGUUAGGAAAUGUGAGGAGUUUAAAGGGAUGCUCACUAAAGUUUUUUUUUUAAUUAAAGCCCUGUCAAGACACGCUUUUGAGCUAACUGGAACAAACACUGGGUCAACACUUUUCAGUCAUAGUAUUUAUCUUUUCAGUCAUAGCAUUUCUCUUUUUUCCUUAAAUUCUUAACUGCUUUUUGGAGUCAAUGAACAAAAGCUUAUUUUAAGACAAGUGAACAAUAAGCAAACAAAAGUAUUUACAGGAAUACUCAUGAAUAUUCUGGACUUUUGAAGUUGAGUUUGCUAGGAAGGAGAUAAGUGUGUGUAUGAGAGGGAGUGGGGGUUAUGUACACAUACAUUUAUGCUCAUUUGUACAGAAAAGCUUUUUGGAAUAGGAGUGAGAGAAAGUGAUGGUUACAAAAAUGUUUUACUGAUGUGGCACCAUGAAAAAAGAGAUGUCUUAAACAUGACGGGCUUCAAAUUGAAAAGUAAGCACAAAAAAAAAAUGGUAGGUCAUUGGAAAUCUCUUUUUUUUUUUUUAAUGCAUAUAUUUUCAUGAAAACUGAAAGGCAGCUUUGGGACUUUUAAGUAAUCAUUAAAAAAUAAGAAAUGAUCAAAAUACGUAAUGGGAUAUAAAAUGUAAGAAUGUUCAUGCAGUACUAUUUGCCAUGUUGGCAUUGGAGGAGAGUUGGUUUCUGUAAUAUAAACUGCUGUCCCAUUCAAACAAUGAUCUCUCUAAUUGAACCAUGUUUGCUCUGGCUGGGGAAAAUUGAAUUAUGAUUCCAUGGACCAAGCCCACACUGCCAGAGGAAAUAAAUGGCGUGGGAUAAAUCCAUUCCAGUACAUUUCUAGUGUGCUUAUAUCUUUUCCGUUAUCAGUGUCACAUUUUGAUUUUCAGCUCUCUUCCCCCCUCCCCUUCGCCACCUUUUUUUUUUAUUAUUAUUAUUAUACGUAAACUUGCUGUUACAUCUCAUUAUACAACAAAUUCAGCAUUUUGAAUGCUUCUCCAGCAUUGGCAUGAUUGCUGCUUAUGGGUUUUUGUAAUUGUAUUUCAUGCAUGACUUCCUGUUUAAAAAUUAUUCUUGCAUGUAGUGUAUUGAAGUCUUGUGUUAUCGUAAUCAUUUUGUGCAUUUGAUUGAGACGACCUCUGCCGGGGUCCUGUAGACUUGAUAAUCUAAGGUUUAGUAGUUUGUUUCACAAGUUUUAUCUGUCUAUAUGAUUAAGACUUGCUUGAGCAGGAAACAUUUUAAUUAACUGACAUUUGUUCUUCAUUUUUAAACAAGAUUUAUUUACCUCCAUUUCAUUCCCAUAAAUCUAUAAAUCAUUAGCUAAAAGUAGCCUGCACUUUGAAACCUCGAAUCAUACAGAAUACAGUCCCCUGCAUGAUCAUAAGGACCUUUCAUGGUAGACAUGUUUCAUGGCACCAAGAAAUGACAUUGCAAGAUAUUCUAAACAAAAAUUUUUUUUAAAUUCUUGCCAUCCACCUACAUCAUUGUGAUCUAAAUGUGUGGGAGACUUUAUUAAGCAGUCAAAAAUGUUCUGAAAGAAAAUUAAAAAGUAAAAAAUUUUCCUGGAUCCUUAUAGUGCUUUUGCUGAAACUGCCUUUGUAUCUUUGUGAUUUCCCAUCAUUUGGUGAUUUUUUUUGUUUGUUAUUUUUUUUUUUAAGAAGAGGGAAAUCUAAUGUGAAAUGCAUUGCCAAGGCCAGUUUGUAAAAACCAUAUAUAGCUGCUUUAAUAAUUUGAGCAAAGAUGUAAAUCAGUCAAAGGUAUUCACUUUAGCACACAUCUCAUAUGGUUAGUAUGCAUUUCAUGUGGUUUAGUUGAAGCUGCUGCUGACAGCGUGGUGUUGGAACAGUUCCUAUGCUGUAUGUUGGUCUACAGAAUGCUGCUGCAUCUUUUGUACAUAUAGUCUGUUGACCACCCGCAAUACAUGUAUUUGCAUAACGUUCAGUAGAUAGGGCAUUUGCAUAUUUAUUGUCUUUUCUCCUGUUUUUAUUUUUUUGACUUUGUUAAUAUUUUUGACAGGAUGUUACUGUAAAUUUCACUAUAUAGUAAUUUUUUUUUUUGUUUGCCUUGCAUAUUUUGUCUUGUGUAGUUCCAGAAUGUCAAAGCAGGUUCAGCAUUGGCAGCAAAACAUAGGACAUUUGGCUCCUUGUUCAAAUAAUUUUAUUGCAAAUGUAUACUUAAAAGCAAUGCGAGGCUAUACUUGGUUUCUCACUGCCAGAGAUAUGUUUGGGGAAAAUACACUGUCUUGUAGUGGAUGUGCCACCAUUGGAUUCUCAGUUUAUCAUUGUUGCAUUACUACCUAACAGGCCAGUGACUGUGGCAUCAGGGUUUAACAUUAUGCUGGGUCAGUAUUCUCUUGUUCCUGGCAUUUGUUUGCAUCCCCUUUGCUUGGGUGCAUGUUUAUGCUUAUUUUUAACUCAUGUAGAUGUUUGGGUUUCAUUGGAUUUCAGAGUUCUUGAUACUCAAAACAGAAAAAUUUUUCUUGGAAGACAAGCAAGAUAUUAUCAGUAUAAGUGGUGGCACAUUAAGUAAUUAAGGUGAGAUUUUUCCAAAUAUCAGUAUCUGAAUUUUUAAAACAAUUACUAAAUAAUCUACUUUGAGCAUGAUAAAAUACUCUUUUUUUUUUCAAAAGAUAAAAAGCGUUUGGUGCAUUUUUUGUAUUUUGAUUCUUGCUGCAGAUCAGCCCACCUUCUCAUGCUUUGUAUUGAAUAAUUGUUCUCAUUUGUUGUAUAUACUGCAGUUGUAUUUGAACACAUGACUGCACAUUUUAUGUACAGUAUGGCCAGCUAUUACCACCCCCUCCUCCUUUCAACCGGAACAUGCCCACCGUUUGUGCGUAUCCAGUUUCUUAAAGCAUGCAUUAUAUUUUUAUCAUGCUUUUGCAGUUGCACAUCUAAGCCUUAUAUUGAUGAAUAUGCUGCUGCAUUUUGAUACCAUAUUCAUUUCAUGCCUAGACUUUAUAUAACAUUUUCAUUUCAUCAUAGGUUUUAUAUACUAUUUUUAUACUUGACAAAGCAAAAGCAAAAUGAAAAAAAAAAAACUUCCCCUAUCCCUCAGCUAUGCAUCUUUGCACAUGUACCAGUAUUGCCUCAUCAUGUAUACAGUUCUAUCCACUUAAUUGAAGACUCCCCAAAAAAGUCUGACUUGCAGCUCACAGGCCACAUGCAGAUGUAAAGCUUUUCGUUAAUGGAUUCGGUAUCUGAAGUGAAUGUUUAGCAAAUCAGACACUUGCUCACGAGUACUUGGUGGUCUUGUCUUCUGCCAAGUAACUUGCAGCCAGAAAUGUUGACUGUUAAUUAAAAAAAGAUUUCAGGAGAUACAGGCUUAGUAUGUUGAGUGCUGUGAGUGGCAAGGGUCCAAAUGUCCAGUGACUUCCUGUUUUGUUAGGAAUUUUAUUUUUUGGUGUAUUGUGGAUAUUGGGUGCUUCAUAAUCAAAAUUUUUUGUCAGAAAAGUAUUUUGAAGAGAGAGUAGGUCUUGUCUUGAAGGCAAGACAAGGCACAGCUUGCAUGUGCUGAUUUAUACCAGUGGCUACCAUUGUGUUGAAAGGCAUAUUGGACAAAGCACAUGCUUUCUUCUCAUCCAUAGCUUCUGUAUCACCUCAUUGCAUUGUAGCAAUAAAGCAUCGCACUUGACUGGUUAAUAUGUACAAUGUAGACUUCAUUGACUUGUUGACUGUUUUUCACUACAGAAUCAAUUAAAAGAGUGUACAGUAAAUA